GAGAGGCAAGUUUUGUCGUGGGCAGGACGUCCUGAGCGCAAACACAUAUCAAGAAAAAACAAAGCUGUCCGAGUGUUAGCACCGAGGCUUUACACUUGACAAAACUGCACACGCUGUCUGCCUUCACCACAGCGCUGAUGAGAGCGUCGAAGUUGUCGUCCGGAGAAGCGGCAGCCGCAAUCUCGCAGGCGCCUGCCUUGGUUCGCUUCUUUCCUGGCGGGGAGAAAAUACGCAAGUUGACACAGAAUUUCGGCAAUAAACAUACAGAUGUUUGCUACGCUAACCUUUAGCUGGAGUGGCCUUCUUUGAAGAUACUUUGAUGUUCUGCUGCUUCUUAAGUUGGACAUUUUCUUCCCUUUUCCACUGUUCCCGCUUCAUUCGUUCUAAAUGUAAACCUUUUAGAUCUAAUGGACUUUGGCUUGAAGAUUCUGUGUUUUGAGGGUUGUCUUUAUCUUGAGAAGGGUCUGCUCCCUCUUUUUCUUCUAGCUCCUCUUCCUUUUCUGCUGUGGUUGACUCAGGCGGUCUAGGCGUAACAUGCUUAGAGAUUGUGAUGCACCUGUCUUUGCCCUCGCCUUUGCUCUCAUGCAUGAGGCCGAGCUCUUCGGCAAACUGGUGCACCAGAAGGCGGUCAUGGGAGUUAAAUGAUGGUGGAAAAUCGAGUUCCCUCUGAUUGAGGUCCUUUAGAAAAUCCUCUACCAUCCCUCUAAUCUCCCUUUGUCUGUUCUUGUUCUGUUCUUCAUCAGUGAGCGCUGAUAAGGACAUCAUGUGCUUAUCCUGUUUACCAUUUUUCGUGUGGCUGCUUCCACUUGAUUUCUUCUGAACUGGUUUGGCUUUCCUCCCCUCGACCUUCUGUUCGGCCAUUGUGUCUGUCUUUGUAUCUUUGUGGUCACGCACGUAGUUCUGCGGGACAAGGUCUUGUAUGUACUCAAAUGCAGUUCUGACCUCCCCGCACUCAGUCAUAUGAUGGACCAGUGUCUUUAGGAAAGCGUGGUUCUGAACUGUCUGUCCGUCGCACACGAUAGCCACGUGACGUCUCGCACGUGUAACAGCCACAUUUAUCCUUCGGUCCUCAGCCAGAAAUCCAACUUCACCUGCAUUCAGGAAGAACUUGAAGUGGUAUAAUCCAUUUAAAGUUUCUAUGACAGACAAACUGAAAAUAGUUACCUUUUCUAUUGGACCGCACUAAAGAUAAAACCACAGCUUCUUUCUCUCGCCCUUGAAAUCCAUCCACUGAUUUAAUUUCCAGCUCUGGAUGUCUUACGGAAAGUUUCUGACGCAGAAGUUCAACCUUCACAGAAGUCCAAACAUUCAAACCAUGUACAGUAGGUACACAACCUAAUAUCCAAUACAAGCUGUAUAUCAAUUGUGCACCACAUCUAGUGCACAGACGGUUUAUUGAGACAUAGAUGAUGUGAUUAUUUAGUGGCCUACUUACUUGCAAAUUGUAGGGUGCAAUGACAGCUAUGUCUUUAUCAUUAACACCAGCUUCAGUCAAAGCCUUUAUGUGCAGAGCCACGAUGUCAACCUCACCUGAGCAAACAGAUAUGAUGUUGUUAAAAAGUUGACACUAUAUUGUUUUUCUUAAGUAAAUCUUAUCAGUUCUCAUUGACCGUGCUCGAUUCUAAUGAGUUCUUCUUUCAAGUGUCUGCAGACUAACGGGACAAAAGGCUGUCCCAAGUGUUUCAAGAACUCUGUGAAGCCGGGGUUUGUGUGAUUGCGCCACUGUUUUGUGCCCAUUGCUGUCCAAACACGGUGCCUUGGUCCCCGGCAGGCUGCUGACUGGUCUAAAUGAAGCGGGAGCGGCCUGGAGAAGUGAUGAAGGUGUUUGUGGAGGGUCUCACGUGCAGCCAUGUGCAAUGUGAGAAGGAUGCUGAACUGAAGCGGGGACUGAAGGACACAGAUUGUUGAAUAGGAAUCUACUGGUUGGUUGCUUUAAUGUGGGUUUGUCAUGUAAAGUAUGUAGGCAUAUGUAAAUCUUAGAAGCCAAACCUUGGUUGCCUUUGGACUGCUCAUCCGCCACCUCUGUUUCAGCCAGACCACAGCCGGAUGUGUCGAUGAGAAGAAGAGGUGUGCUGGUCUCUUCAACACAGGUGACACCAGUUGUUUUGUGUUUCAGUGAGUUAUCUUUCAUCACCGAGCCCAGUGAUGUGACCGUUCUACCAAAGGACCCGGCUGUCUUGGACUGUCAAGCUCAUGGGCAGCCUCCGGUCAUCAUCAAGUGGCUGAAAAACGGCGUUCGCUUAGCAGAAAGUGAGCACAUCCAGUUUUUGCCCAAUGGGUCAUUGUACAUACCAAAGAUAAAGCAUACCAAGGAGGAGUCGGAUGAAGGAUUCUACCAGUGCCUCUCCAAGAACAAAUUUGGAGCUAUCCUUAGCCAAAGAUCACGCCUGACUAUCGCAAGUAUUUCAGAGUUUGUGUUGCACCCAUCGCCUACGGAGGUGACUGAGGGCUCAGUGGCCCGAUUCUCAUGUGCAGUCACCUCCAGACCUCCUGCCACUAUCACCUGGGAGUUCAAACAAAGCACAUUACCUCUUCAGACUGACAGAAUCACAGUUUUGCCCAAUGGAGUCCUUCAGAUCCACAGUGUACGACUGAAGGAUGCUGGCCAGUAUCGAUGUGUCGCAACGAACAUUGGCAGCCGACUGAAGAGUCGCGAGGCAACGCUGACAGUCAUUCAAGGUGUGGGUGCUGAAACCCAUAGGAGACCCAGAAUCAUAGCUGGACCUCAGAACAUGACUGUUUCACUCCACCAAACUGUGGUGCUAGAGUGCUUAGCCACUGGAAACCCCUGGCCCAUCAUCUCCUGGAGCCGUGCUGAUAGUAAACCUAUUGAUGUAUAUAAAGCCAAAGUGUUGGGCAAUGGGAACUUGGUUGUUACAGAUGUCAACGCAAAGCACAGUGGAGUCUACCUCUGCAGGGCCACCACCCCUGGAACCCGCAACUACACUAUAGCUGCUGCCAACCUGACAGUUCAAGUGCCACCAUCUCUUGUUGAGAGGCCUGAGAGUCAGACCCGUCCGAGGGCUGGCACUGCCCGCUUCAUGUGCCAAGCGGAAGGAGUGCCUACACCUCGCAUCAGCUGGCUAAAGAAUGGAGAAGAGGUUCACUUAAAUGGCCGCAUUAAGAUGUACAACAGUAAACUGGUGAUCACUCAGAUCAUCCCCGAAGAUGACGCUAUCUAUCAGUGCAUGGCAGAGAGUGAACAGGGCUCAGUGCUGUCCUUAGCUCGCCUCAUUGUUGUGAUGUCAGAAGACAGGCCCAGUGCUCCGAGGAACAUCCAUGCUGAGACCAUCUCAAGCUCGGCCAUCUUGCUGGCAUGGGAGAGGCCACUCUUCAAUGCAGAAAGAGUCAUAGCCUACUCCAUUCAUUACAUGAAGGCUGAAGGUUUAAACAAUGAGGAAUACCAAAUUGUUAUUGGCAACGACACAACCAGUUACAUUAUCGAUGAUCUGGAGCCGGCUCGAAACUACACCUUCUACAUUGUGGCUUACAUGCCGAUGGGAGCCAGUCGUAUGUCUGACCAAGUCAGUCAACACACACUUGAGGAUGUGCCUCUGCGUACACCGGAGCUACAUUUGAUAAGCCACAACUCAACAGACAUCCGGGUAAGCUGGCAGCAGCUUCCCUCCAAGUUGAGCCGCGGGCGGGUGUCAGCGUACAGGCUGUCCUAUCGCACAGCUGCAGACAGCGCAGUGAUCUCAGUAGAGCUACCUCAGAACAGCACCGAGUACCUGUUGGAGGGCCUCCAGCCCGACACCAUCUACCUAUUUCGUAUGGCUGCAGCGACCCGUGUGGGCUGGUGUGAGCCUUCGGCGUGGACAUCCCACCGUACACCUAAGACCUCCAGUGGCAAAGUGCCCAAAGCCCCAAUUUUUCAACUUGAGCCGCUUAACUGCACCUCCAUUGUGGCACGCUGGCAAACUGCCCUACAAUCUGAGGCUAUCCUUGGCUACCGCUUGUGUUACCAUGAGGAGAGCCAACCGGAGCAGCCCGUCAUCCAGCUGCAGGCUCAGACUUACACCUACACCAUCAGUGGUCUUGAUCCGAGGAGGAGGUAUCGUGUCAAGAUCCUAGCUUUCAGUCAGGGAGGAGAUGGCUACGAGACGGACCAAGCCAUCAGUACUCCUGGAUGUGUGUCUGCUAGGGACCAAAUGGCAGCAACUCCUCCACCUCCGGAUCAUGUGACUGUCUCGGCCAACAAUUCCUCAGAAGUGUCCUUGCGUUGGAAACACCCCACCUUCACUUCUGAGAAGGCUGUCAGCUACACUGUCCGCUACACGAUUGUGGGAACGCACAAUACUUCUGCUUUACGCUACUUGCAAACUACCAAAGAAAAUGUGACGGUGCAAAAUUUAGAUCCAAAUACUUCCUACGAGUUUGUGGUGCGUCUCCAUGUGGAUCAGAUGUCAAGUCCUUGGAGCCCUGCUGUUUAUCAUCACACACUGCCAGCAGCACCCAGACGACCGCCCACAGGAGUGAGAGUAACUCUGAUUGAGGAAGACACAGCCUUGGUGUCCUGGAAGGAGCCAACUGAGUCCAACGUGGUGGUUACACACUACACCAUCCUCUAUGCUUCCCAGAAGUCUUGGAUGGCUGGACACUGGCAAAUAAUUCGAAUAGAGGGAAGCCAUACAAUGGCUCUUCUGGAGAAGCUAGAACCAGGGAAUGUCUACAUGGUGAAGAUCUCUGCCUCCAACCAAGUGGGAGAUGGCCCUUUCUCAGAUGUCGUUGAGCUGGCUAUGAAGCGCGGAAAUGCUCAACACAGCAAGAAGGCGUGGCACUCGCAUAGUUUUCAGCACACAGUCGUCUUCUCUGAUGGUCUCUACCACAUAGACCAAAGAUCCAUGACUGGGAUUAUUGUCGGCGUGAGCAUCGCCUUGGCCUGUAUUGUAAUGUGUGCCUUGAUCCUCAUCAGUAAAGGCAGACCAAGAAAAUCCUCCAGCAACAAAGCCGUUGCUGAGCCUCCUGGUGAAGGUUUGUCUUGGCAUCAUGAGUGCCAUGUUGAGAACGCUGAAGCCCUCAUCCCCAUGAUGAGUACUCACUUCAUAGAAGCCAAGGGUGGUUCUAAUAUUGUGAUAAAUAGUGCGGGGCCUGCAAUGAGCAAGAAUCAAAGCAAGAGGUGGCUGCUCUGCAAUAAAGACAUCAGCAGUCCUAUUGAGAAUGAUGUGGAGGGGAGAGUCAGCUUGUAUGAGGCUGGCAAAACUAUUCUGAGGUAUGAGGAGCAUCUAGGGUCUGCGCCCCUGCCACCAUCGUCCCAGGAGAUCAUCUUUGGACCCUUCCAUGCAGAAAGCUCUCAAGGCAGCGAUGGUAGCCAAGAGACGGGAGACUCUGGGCACUAUUCCACUAAUGAGGAAAGCAACGAAGAGAUGAGCGAUCCAUCUACCAACCAAAGCUCCAGACCCGAUUCUUCUGGACCGUGUGAUGGCACCGCCAUGACUGAACUGAAGCCGUCUUUUCAAGUGGAAAACGAGCAAAUAUGUCUUUCCCUCCAUCUUUCAGCGCCUGACCCUGCUCGGCCAUGCUGUGCUUCUGAUGGUAGCUAGCGCUCGACUCAGAAUUGACCAUUUCUACCUCUUUUGCCUCCUGCCUUGAGCCUUAUUUCCUGCGGCACGAGGAAACGCGAAGUCAGCUGCUGUGAAGGAGGAAAACGAGCAAUAUCUUCAGAUCUACCUCAGGAUUUUGUAUGAAUGUUGAUUACAGCAAUUUAUUUCUUUUGUUUCUACCUGUUGGUCUUUGUGGCAUCAUCUGUCCUUAACCAAAGCUCACCCAUGAUGAAUGUUCUAAAGACUGUGAUACAUUUUUGUCACAUUUCAUAGUUUUUUUUUCCACUGGACCCGAGGAGGUGUUUGAUUGUCUACUUCAUUUGUUGUUUCUACAUAACUACCUCCUUCCACCGACGUGAAGCCACGUCGUUGCCACGUCUUGUUUCUUUUGUUGGGAGUAGUUUUCAUUUUUGCAGUUGAAAGCGCUUUUGUUCCCAUUGCUUUUUUUUGUGUGCCUCGUGGAGGGAAAAAAACAAGUGCAUUAGAUACCGUCAAACUAUUUGGGUUGUUUGAAAUGCAGGACAUUUUAGUGCACUGAACUCAAAGCUUUAACAUGGCCUUAAAUACUGAAAGGGCUUUGCAUACUCGAUCCAAAGACAUGAAUAUUUGUACCCAAAGAGUUUUUAAUAUUAAGCAACCAAAAAUGUAAUGGAUGUACAUGACAAGGGUGUCUUUGCCAAAAGCACUGUUCUGUGCCAGUGAUGUACAUUUCUUUCUGAAUGGUCGUUUCAGUGCUUCAGUCAGUGUGAAUUUUAUUGGCGCUUUAGUCUGGUGAAAGCUUUAGCUCAAGUCUCCGUGGCUUGGGUUCCGUUUGCCUUGUAGACCAUUGCUAAGCGCAGCGGUGACGCCGAUGCUAUUAUCCAAAGAGUUGUCUGCUUCCUCAAAUGGGUGUGGCUUUUCAUUCAGUUGAUCCUUGGCGUGAGGAGGUGGACACUAUUGAUCCACUGUGUCCUGUCAGUGAUAGAUGAUGUGAUUUUUUCUUUGUGCACACAUCAUCUAAUCACUGCUCCCCCGGUUUUCCUGUAUGGGGAAUUGUUCUCUAUGCCGCUGUGAUAUUUGUUGUCCAGGUGUGACAAGGAAGGAUUCUGACUAUCAAAAUGGAAGCCCAAUGUGUGAAGAGCAACAUAAUCAAUUUUUAUAUCUUUGUAAUUGAAAUGAUCUCAACCAAAGAAGCUUUAAGUCUCUUGCGAUUUUCUUUGGGUUCAUUUAAACAACUUGAAAUGUGGUGUGAUAUUCCAUAGAAAUACAUUUUACAUUGUUGUUUUUUUUGAAAGCUUAAGAUGUGAAAUCUGAUCUGCUGUCUGAGAUACCAACCUCAUGAGAAUUAGGUAAUGUCAAAAAUGUUAAUUUAGCAUGUAGUAAUUACAUGUCACAGUUUCUGUGUGGCAUUUACUUAAUAUUGCUGCUGUCAUGCUCACAGUUUGUGUUGGUAUACAUUACAAAUGAUGACAUGAAUGCCACAGAUCAUUUUGCUGACUUUACUUAGGUGCCAAAUGUAGAUUUAUAGUGUGUAGUCUUGACUGUCUUAAUUUAAAUUAUGUUGGGUUUUGUUUUUCAAGCUCUUGAAUACCAAAAUACACAUUUUAAUCCAAAGCGUGCAACAAAAAAAAGAUUUUUAUGGGUUGGAAUGUUGCAAAGGAAUUUUUGAUACUCUCAAGAUGAUCAC